CGCCGCCGCCGCGGAGCCCAGCCGAGCUCAGUCGAGCCGCGCUGCGCUCCGCCGCCGCCGCUCCUGUUCCGGCUCCUGCUCCUCAGCCCUGGCGGCGCGGGCAUGUCCCGGGAGCGGCCCCGAGCAGCCGCCCGCCGCUAGCCCCGAGCCCGCCGCACCGCCCGAGCCCCGCGCCAUGAGAGCCGCCGCCGCCGGCCUGAGCGCCCACCUGGGGCCCUGGCUCGUGCCCGCCGCCGCCCGGGUGCCGCGCGCCCUGUUCCUCCUGCAGCUGCUGCUGCUCGUCUCCGGCCCGGGGGGUCAGCAGGCCCCUGGCGCCGCGGCCCAGGGCGUCGAGUUCCCGGAGCUGUGCAGUUAUACAUGGGAAGCUGUUGAUACCAAAAAUAACAUACUUUAUAAAAUAAACAUCUGUGGAAAGAUGGAUAUUACCCAGUGUGGGACAUCAAGUGCUAUUUGUAUGUACAAUACGAAGGCAAAGAGCUAUCUUUCAGUGGGUGACUCUCUUUUGAAAAGUGGAACUAGGUCUCUUCUGGAAUUCAACACAAGAGAGACCUGUGGGCAGCCAAGCACAAAUCACAAAAUCCAGAGUAGCAUCACCUUUCUGUGUGGGAAAACCCUGGGAACUCCUGAAUUUGUAACUGCAACAGAAUGUGUGCAUUAUUUUGAGUGGAGGACCACUGCAGCCUGCAAGAAAGACAUAUUUAAAGCUACCAAAGAGGUGCCAUGUUAUGCAUUUGAUGACCAGUUGAAGAAGCAUGAUUUAAAUCCACUGAUCAAGAGUAGCGGUGGUUAUUUGGUGGAUGACUCUGACCCAGAUACUUCUCUGUUCAUCAACGUCUGUAGAGACAUAGAUUCACUACGUGACUCGAGUCUCCAGUUGCGUGCCUGUCCCUCUGGCGCUGCUGCCUGCCUGGUGAAAGGCAACCAAGUGUUUGAUGUUGGCCAACCAAAAGAGGGGCCGAAGCUGGUGAGCAAGGACAGGCUUGUCCUGAGUUAUGUGAAAGAAGGGGCAGGAAAGCUAGACUUCUGUGAUGGUCACAGCCCAGCAGUGACAGUUACUUUUGUUUGCCCUUCGGAGCGGAGAGAGGGCACCAUUCCCAAGCUCACUGCCAAAUCCAAUUGCCGCUACGAGGUUGAGUGGAUCACAGAGUACGCCUGCCACAGAGAUUAUCUGGAAAGUAAAGCCUGUUCCCUGAGCAGCGAGCAGCAUGAUGUCUCCAUUGAUCUUCACCCACUCACAGCUCCAUUCUACACCUCAGAUGAAAAAGAAUAUGUUUUUUAUUUGAACGUCUGUGGGGAAAUUGGAGCUCAGGUCUGUGGUAACAAGAAAGACGCAGCUGUUUGCCAGGUGAAAAAGACUGAUCGCUCUCAAGUCAAAGUGGCAGGAAAAUACCAGAAUCAGAUGCUCCGAUACUCUGAUGGAGACCUCACCUUAAUCUAUUUUGGAGGAGAUGAAUGCAGCUCAGGCUUUCAAAGAAUGAGCAUCAUAAACUUUGAAUGCAAUAAAACCGCAGGCAGAGAUGGGAGAGGAGAGCCUGUCUUCACUGGGGAGGCAGACUGCACCUACUUCUUCACGUGGGAAACCAAGUAUGCCUGCGUCAAAGAGAAGGAAGAGCUUCCGUGCGGCGUGUCCGACGGGAAGAGGCGAUACGACCUCUCUGUGCUGGCUCGCCACUCAGAGCUGGAACAGAAUUGGGAAGCAGUCGACGGCAGUCAGACGGUAAAAGAAAAGAAGCAUUUUUUCAUUAAUAUCUGCCACAGGGUGCUGCAGGCAGGCAAGGCAAGAGGCUGUCCUGAGGAUGCAGCUGUGUGUGCUGUUGAUAAGAGUGGAAGUAAAAAUCUGGGAAAAUUUAUUUCUUCUCCCACUAAAGAGAAAGGAAACAUUCAACUCUCUUAUUCAGAUGGUGACGAUUGUGGUCAAAACAAGACAAUAAAAACUAAUAUAACACUUGUGUGCAAGCCAGGUGAUUUAGAAAGUGCUCCAGUGUUGAGAACUUCUGGGGAUAAUGGUUGCUUCUACGAAUUCGAGUGGCACACGGCCGCUGCCUGUGUGCUGUCUAAGAUGGAAGGAGAAAAUUGCACGGUGUUUGAUUCCCAGGCAGGGUUUUCUUUUGAUUUGUCACCUCUCACCAAGAAAAAUGGCGCCUACAGAGUUGAAACAGAGAAGUAUGACUUCUAUAUCAACGUUUGUGGUUCUGUGUCUGUGGAUUCUUGCCCGUCAAACUCGGGAGCAUGCCAAGUAGCAGCAAAAAGUGAGAAGAAGGCUUGGAACUUGGGAUUGAGUAGUGCUAAGCUUUUCUAUUACAAUGGCAUGAUCCAGUUGAACUACAGAGAUGGCACACCCUAUAAUGAUGAAAAGCAUACGCCCAGAGCAACCCUGAUCACUUUCCUCUGCGACCGCGAUGCUGGCGUGGGUGUCCCCGAGUAUCAGGAGGAAGACAACUCUACCUACAAUUUCCGGUGGUACACCAGUUACGCCUGCCCGGAGGAGCCUCUGGAGUGCGUGGUGACCGACCCCUCCACGCUGGAGCAGUAUGACCUCUCCAGCCUAGCGAAAUCUGAAGGUGGUCAUGGAGGAAACUGGUAUGCGAUGGAUAACGGCGGGGAGCGUACCACAUGGAGGAAAUAUUAUAUAAAUGUCUGCCGGCCUCUGAACCCAGUGCCGGGCUGUGAUCGAUACGCCUCCGCUUGCCAGAUGAAAUAUGACAAAGUUCAAGGUUCCUUUUCUGAAGCCGUCUCCAUCAGCAACUUGGGCAUCGCAAAGACAGGCCCUGUGGUGGAGGAGAGCGGCAGCCUCCUCCUGGAGUACACCAAUGGCUCGGCCUGCAGAACCAGCGAGGGGAAGCUGACUGCCUACACCACGAGGCUCCACCUCAUCUGCACCCGGGGCAGCCUGAAUACCCAUCCCAUAUUUUCUCUCAAUUGGGAGUGUGUGGUCAGUUUCCUGUGGAACACAGAGGCUGCCUGUCCGAUCCAGACGACCACAGACACAGACCAGGCAUGCUCUAUAAGGGAUCCCAACAGUGGAUUUGUGUUUAAUCUCAACCCACUAAAUAGUACGCAAGGAUAUGUGGUCAUGAGCAUCGGAAAGACAUUCGUGCUUAAUAUCUGUGGGACAAUGCCCAUCUGCGGGACCAUCAAUGGAAAAGCAGCUUCGGGCUGUGAGGCAGAGACCCAAACAGAAGAGCUAAGGACCCUAAAGCCGGAGCGGCCAGUCGGAUUUGAGAAGAGCCUUCAGCUGUCCACCGAGGGCUUUAUAACCCUUACCUACAAAGGACCUCUUUCCCCUACCAAAGGUACCGCAGAUGCUUUCAUCAUACGCUUUGUGUGCAAUGAUGAUGUUUACCCUGGAAUGCCCAAAUUUCUGCAUCAAGACAUUGACACCAGGCUGGGAAUUCGAGACACGUUUUUUGAGUUUGAAACUGCUUUGGUUUGUGUGCCUUCUCCAGUGGAUUGCCAAGUCACUGACCCCGCCGGGAACGAGUACGACCUCAGCGGCCUGAGCAGGCUGGGUAAGCCCUGGACCGCCGUGGACACCUCCGCCGACGGGAAGAGGAGAACUUUCUACCUGAGCGUCUGCACUCCUCUCUCUUACGUCCCCGGCUGCCACGGCAGUGCCGUGGGAUCUUGUUUAAUAUCCGAAGACAGCAGCUGGAACCUCGGUGUGGUUCAGGUCAGCCCUCAGGCUGCAGCCAAUGGGUCCCUGAGUAUCGUAUAUGUCAACGGAGACAGGUGCGAGGGCCAGCAGUUCUCCACCAGGAUCACGUUUGAGUGUGCCCGGACCUCGGGCUCACCAAUGUUUCAGUUCCGGGAUGACUGUGAGUACGUCUUUGUUUGGAGAACGGUGGAAGCCUGCCCGAUCGUCAGAGUGGAAGGAGACAACUGUGAAGUGAAAGAUCCAAGGCACGGCAACUUAUACGACCUAAAGCCUCUUGCCCUCAAUGACACCGCUGUGACUGCUGGUGAAUACACGUAUUACUUCCGGGUCUGUGGAAAGCUCUCUUCAGAUGUCUGUGUAACUGAUGAUAGGUCGAAGGUGAUCUCAUCGUGUCAGGAAAAACGGGGACCUGGGGGAUUUCACAAAGUGGCAGGUCUCCUUACCCAGAAGGUGACUUAUGAAAAUGGAAUGUUAAAAAUUAACUACACUGGGGGAGACACCUGCCAUAAGGUGUACCAGCGCUCUACCACCAUCUUUUUCUACUGUGACCGCGGCACCCAGGAACCAGUGUUUCUGAGGGAGACUUCAGAUUGUUCCUACUUAUUUGAAUGGCGAACCCAGUAUGCCUGCCCGCCUUUUGAUGUGACCGAAUGUUCAUUCAAAGAUGGGGCAGGAAACUCGUUCGAUCUCUCGUCCCUGUCAAGGUACAGUGACAAUUGGGAAGCGGUGACGAGCACAGGGGCCACGGAGCACUACCUCAUCAACGUCUGCAAGUCGCUGGCUCCGCAGGCUGGCAAUGAGCCCUGCCCGCCGGAGGCAGCCGUCUGUCUGCUGGGCAGCAGCAAGCCUGUGAACCUUGGCAGGGUGAAGGACAGUCCCCAGUGGAGAGACGGCACAGCCAUUCUAAAGUAUGUUGAUGGGGAUCUGUGUCCAGACCGGAUUCGGAAAAAGUCCACCACGAUCCGCUUCACCUGCAGUGAGAGCCAAGUGAACUCCAGGCCCAUGUUCAUCAGCGCGGUGGAGAACUGCGAGUACACCUUCUCCUGGCCCACCGUGGCCGCCUGCCCCCUGAGGAGGAACGUGCACGACAACUGCCAGGUCACCAACCCCACCACAGGACACCUGUUCGACCUGACCUCGCUGAGUGGCAGGGCCGGCCACACCGCCGCUUACAGCGAGAAGGGGCUCGUAUUCAUCAGCAUCUGUGGCGAGAACGAGAACUGUGCGCCCGGUGUGGGCGCCUGCUUCGGACAGACCAGGAUCAGCGUGGGAAAGGCAAACAAGAGGCUCACCUACGUGGAUCAGGUCUUACAGCUGGUUUAUGACAACGGCUCCCCGUGCCCUUCGAAAUCUGCCCUGAGGUACAAGAGUGUGUUCAGCUUCGUGUGCAAGCCAGAGACGGGGCCAAGCGACAGGCCCGUGCUCAUCUCCCUCGACAAGCAGACGUGCACACUCUUCUUCUCUUGGCACACACCGCUGGCCUGCGAGCAAGUGGAGGAAUGUUCUGUGAAGAACGGGAGCUCUAUUAUCGACCUGUCUCCUCUUAUCCACCGCACGGGCGGUUAUGAAGCUUAUGACGAAAGUGAGGAGGAUGACACCUCUGACACCAACCCUGAUUUCUACAUCAACAUUUGCCAGCCUCUAAACCCUAUCCCCAAAGUGCCUUGUCCUGCCGGAGCAUCUGUGUGUAAAGUUCCUGUCGACGGUGCCCCCAUAGAUAUCGGCCGAGUCUCAGGACCUCCAAUACUCAAUCCCACAGCUAAUGAAAUUUACUUGAAUUUUGAAAGCACUACUCCUUGUUUAGAGGACAAACACUUCAACUACACAUCCCUCAUCGCCUUCCACUGUAAGCGAGGUGUAAGCAUGGGGACUCCCAAGCUGUUGAGAACCAGCGAAUGUGACUUCGUGUUUGAGUGGGAGACUCCAAUUGUUUGUCCUGACGAAGUGAAAACCGAAGGCUGCUCUUUGACGGACGAACAGCUCUAUUAUAGCUUUAACUUAUCCAGCCUCUCCAAAACCACCUUUAAGGUGACUCGAGACUCGCGCACGUACAGCGUGGGGGUGUGCACCGCAGCCGCGGGGGUGCAGCAGGGGUGCAAAGACGGCGGCGUCUGUCUGCUCUCUGGGAACAAGGGGAUCUCUUUUGGGCGGCUGGCAUCCAUGAGCUUAGAUUACAGACACCAGGACGAAGCAGUCAUCUUAAGUUACGUCAAUGGCGAUAAUUGCCCUCCAGAAACGGAUGAAGGCGACCCCUGUGUCUUCCCCUUCACAUUCAAUGGAAAGAGCUACUCCGACUGCACCUUCGAAGGACGGGCAAACCUGUGGUGUGCCACCACCGCCGACUACGACAGAGACCACGAGUGGGGGUUUUGCCAGCACUCAAACAGCCACCGGACGUCUACCAUCAUCUUCCAGUGUGAUGAAGAGGCUGACAUUGGACGGCCACAAGUCUUCAGUGAGAUUCGUGGGUGUGAGGUGACGUUUGAGUGGAAAACGAAAGUUGUCUGCCCUCCAAAGAAGAUGGAGUGCAAGUUCAUCCACAAGCACAGAACGUACGACCUGAGGCUGCUCUCCUCUCUCACCGGGUCCUGGUUCUUCGCCCACGAAGGCACCUCGUUCUUCAUCAAUCUGUGCCAGAGGGUCUACAAAGGGCCCUUCGGCUGCUCCGAUAGAGCCAGUGUCUGCAAAAAGAGUGCAUCGGGUCAUGUUCAGAUCUUGGGCCUUGUCCACACCCAGAAGCUGGAUGUUACAGACGACAAAGUGAUUGUCAGUUACUCAAAAGGUUACCAGUGUGGUGAGAACAAGACUGCCUCCACGGUGUUAGAAUUGACCUGUGCCAAGACAGUGGGCAAACCCACAUUUAACAGGUUUGACAUCGACAGCUGCACGUACCACUUCAGCUGGGACACCCGAGCCGCCUGCGCUGUGAAGCCUCAGGAGGUAGAAAUGGUGAAUGGGACCAUCACCAACCCUAUAAAUGGCAAGAGCUUCAGCCUUGGAGAUAUCUAUUUUAAGCUCUUCAGUGCUUCUGGGGACAUGAGAACAAACGGGGACAAGUACCUGUAUGAAAUCCAGCUUUCUUCCAUCACGAGCUCCUCAGUCCCAGCCUGCUCUGGAGCCAACAUCUGCCAGGUGAAACCGAACGACCAGCACUUCAGCAGGAAAGUCGGGACCUCAGACAGAACCAAGUACUACAUCCAAGAUGGUGAUCUGGACGUCGUGUUUGCCUCUUCCUCUAAGUGCGGAAAAGAUAAAACCAAGUCUGUCUCUUCCACCAUCUUCUUCCAUUGUGACCCUCUGGUGAAGGACGGGAUUCCCGAAUUCAGCCACGAAACUGCCGACUGCCAGUACCUCUUCUCCUGGUACACCUCUGCCGUGUGUCCUUUAGGGGUGGGCUACGACAGCGAGAGCACGGGAGAAGACGCAGAGCAGCACAAGGGGCUCUCCGAGAGGAGCCAGGCCAUCGGGGCUCUCCUCAGCCUGCUGCUGGUGGCCCUCACGGGCUGUCUGCUGACGCUGCUGCUGUACAAGAAGGAGAGACGGGAAGCGGUGAUGAAUAAACUAACCAAUUGCUGUAGAAGAAGUUCAAACGUGUCCUACAAAUACUCGAAGGUCAACAAGGAAGAAGAGGCAGACGAAAACGAAACCGAGUGGCUGAUGGAAGAGAUCCAGCUGCCAACUCCCAGACCCGGGAAAGACGGGCAAGAAAACGGCCACAUCACCACCAAGUGUGUCAAGGCCGAAGCGCUCACCUCCCUGCACGGGGACGACCAGGACAGUGAGGAUGAAGUUCUGAGUAUCCCGGACGUGAAGGUCCACUCAGCCAGCGGGACUGGGGCAGAAAGCUCACACCAAAUGAGAAACCUCCCGAGGAAGCCAUUUAGGGAGAGAGAUGGCGACAGGGCUGAGUUGAUCAGGGGGGAGAAGGCAAGGAAAGGGAAGGCCAAGGCCGGUCAGCAGAGGACGGUGAGCUCUGCCAACCUGGGGUCCUUCCACGAUGACAGCGACGAGGAUCUGUUGAACAUCUAAACUCCCUCUGGUGCCUACAAGAGAAAACGUCUUGGCGGGACAGCAGAGCACCUCCAACCAAAUAAGACUUCACGUCGACGAUGCUUCGUAAUUUUUGCCUUUAACAAAAACUGUUUCAAAAGGGAAGAGUUUUUGUGAUGGGGGAGAGGAUGAGUGAGGUUAGGCACUGCUCCUGCAGGAUUGUUUACAGUCAUUGGGAUAAGGCAAGGCUCGGAUUGCCAAGGGGCUGGAGCUGUGCUGGGGGUCUUGGCCCCAGCCCUCCUUUAAAAGCAAAGCCGCUCAGUGCUUCUAAAUGUACCCAGGCCUGGCGCGUCUCUCAAGGGAAGACUGUAUUGGAAAGAAAACCCUUGCUGCUUUAGGCCCUGUAGGGUGUUUGACCAUUAUAUUUAGCAUUUUAAUUCUCUCCCCCUAUUUAUUGACUUUGACAAUUACUCAGGUUUGCUAAAAAGGAAAAAAAAAAAAAACAAAAACCCAGCAACAGUUUCUUCCUGCCGUCAGGGGGGUAAUCUAUUGAUUCACCCAAUCUAAGAAGGGAAAGCCUGUUGCUGUGCUAGGAAGGUUUAAUAUGAAAUUUUAGAACUGGCCAAUCAUUUAUCCCCUAUGUUAGAAUAUUCCAUUCUAUCUUUUUUUUUUUUCUUUCGUUUUUGCUUUCUCUUGCUUAAGGGAACACACACGCGUGCACACAUGCACAUGCACGCGUGGCGUGUGCAGGGGUCCCUGAGGGGUGCCCGAGCCUCCGGUGGUUCACCUGUCCCACGCCUUUUAGUCAGUCGCGGCUGCAGCUUUUUGCAUGACCUCAUCAGUCCGAGGUGCACAGAGCACAUUUGUCAGUAUUUUCCUUGCCCGCUGGCAAAUCCAAACAACGCACCCAAAGACUGAUUUGCACGAGUUGAGCGGAGUUGAGGUGUGCCUCCAGGUCAGAGAAAAUAGCUUUUUUUUUUUUCCAGAUUUGGGGCAUAGAUCUCAUCUCUUCAGUUCUCAUGAUGCCAUCUUCACUGUGCUUUUUUUUUCUUUUCUUUUUUUGUGUUUUUAAGAGAAAAGUAUUUAUCAACUAUCCAACCUAUAAGAAGCCUUAAUUUGCACAGUGUGGAAAUCACAUGAACAAUGAUGGGCUAAGUUGCUGCCCCUGCCCCCCUGGCGUUGCACUUGGAUUCAUCCUCUGGGGGAGGCGGAGGGGCUGGGGCUCCCCCCGUGGCCAGGAUGGAGGCAGGGCAGUGUCGUGUUUUCCCACUGGCCGUCGACUCCUUCCUGGAAGCAUUUCACGAGUGACUUUCUGGGAAUUGUUCUCGCAUAUAGAAUUGUACAUAGACUCAUGGUAUUUCAUAUACUUAAAAGCAAGCAACCCUACCGAAUUUCCCGUUUUGUACCCGGUUUGGCUGGCUUAUUUGAUUUCAACAUAAGUGUAUUUUUUAAACUUGAUUUCUUUCCUCGUUUUUUUUUCAAUCAAAUUCACUGUAAUAUAAAGUAUUCAACAAUUUCAAUAAAAGAUAAAUUAUUAA